CUUGGUCGCCCUUGCCAGAGAUCUCGGUACUGAAGUCUGCAACUCGUCUUUGUCGAAAUACAAAGGCCUGAACAUAUCGCCAAAGGAGCUUGCCACCCGGCCUCCGCCUUACCUGGCUGACCCAGCCGUCCGAUAGCACCUUCUCUCGGAAGGGCGGCCACUCAAUCUUAUCAUGACUGACUAUGCUGACCGCAACUUCAACACGGAAUUCUCGGGCCUGGCCACAACCGUGGCCAUCAUGGGCGGUGUUGGUGGCGCAUGUCUUCUGGGCUACGAGACACUGAGGCAGAUGAAGCGUUUGCCACGUCGUAGUAUGGUCAAAUUCUGGCAGAACAGCAGUCGAGAGGCAGAGCCUUCUGGCAAAGGUCAUUCGGAUGCCAGUCGGAUAGGCACGCAGGAGGACUGGGAGAUGGGACACCUAUACCAUGCAAGAACCUUUCACGCAAGAACACCGUCGCCUCCAUUGUCAAGGUGGCCGCUCGGAUGGGCUUGGCAAGCUCUGAAGCUGGACGAUUGGUUCUACGCUACACAUUGCGGCAUGGACAAUGUUGUCUAUGUCCGCUUCCUACGAGGGAUGUUCUGGUGGACGUUCCUGCAGACCGUCACCGCCGCACCUAUACUCCUCGCCAUCGACUUCAUCUAUUCUCGAGGUGUGUCCACAAUCGACAUGUCUCGGGCUAGUAUCUCUUAUCUGGUCACCUAUCCAGAUCCGACCUGCACCGAAACGACUGACUCGGACUGUCCCAAGCUUCCCAACGAGCAAGGUCGUAGGCUAUUAUGGAUCCAGCUUUGUGCUCUGUGGUAUAUUACCUUCACAUGGUUCUACACUCUGUGGUGGAUAGGCAAAGGCAGCUUGAAGAUCAGGAGACGGUUGGUGCUGGGCCUUUACGAUGAUCGGAGGGCAGUCCUCGCACAAAGAGAGCUACAACGCAGCCAAGCGGCGAAGACUGAAGCUCUUCACGAGGACCGGUUUGGCAGACCAUUGAGGGAAGCACAGGGACUGCAAAUAUCAGAUCUCGAAGACAGCAGCAAGGGCUGGCGGCAACGGACGCUGUUGGUCACAAACGUUCCUGCAUCGCUCAGAGGCGAGGGAAAUAUCAGACGCUACUUCGAAGAAUAUUUGCGGCCUGAUGGCGAGAAGACAGAGAACCAAGUAGCUGCACCUCAGGGUACCCAGGUCAGAAGGGAGACAGAUGUUGAGAAUCCAGAGACCACCAUCAGGAGGGUCGUUGGCGAUCUCGAAGAACAAACCAUCGACAACUACGUCGAAGGCAAUGCGAAAGCUGGUGGUGGCUCGUCCAGGACCGCUAGUCCAACGGAAUCUCUGCCGUCACCGGUUCAGUGCGUCAUCUUGGUGAGGAAGAUGGGCGAAUUGAGCGCCAUGCUUAACAGGCGAGCCGAUAUCCUUCAACAAAUCGAAGCUGCCCAUAUCAAGCUAGCGCAGUCCGUCCUUGAGAAGGUGUCACAACAGCAAAGGCGGAAGAGGAACGGCAAGAAUGGGACCCACGACGAUCGAACUCGGCGCAAGAGUCUGGUCUCUUCCUUCUUUGAAAAGAACAAAAGGUCAAAGGAUGAGUCGUCGGACGACGUAGCGCCCACCUCUGACCACCACACUCCGCUCGAUGAGCUUGCUCUGCGGCUGGCGAAGUUCUGCAAAGAUGGCGGUAGCCCAUACAGUCAGUCCACAAAUGGCCUACUAGACGAGAACAGCCAGUUGAAUUCGGUAUGGGAGGCAUUGGCCGACGUGCCGCGACGCCUUCUUGACCCUUACCAGCCGGUUACUCGACUGUCCGUCCUGUUUCGCGGACAACGAGUACCUACUAUCGACUAUCUUCUCGCGAAGCUCAAUCUCCUGACGGCACUGAUCGCAGAGAUGAAGGCACGUCCUCCUACCGAUUACGAGCCUACAAGCACAGCCUUUGUCACAUUCAGAGAUCCAAGACAGGCUCGUAUGGUAUGGAGGGAGCUGAACUCCCAGCUCGUGAUGAAGGUCAAGAUGGCUCCCGAAGUCAAGGACAUCGACUGGGACCGUCUCAUGUCCACCUCCUUCACAGGCAGCUUGAUCAGGGGGUUCACAGUCAAUGCCUUCUUCUGGGCUUUCACCAUUUUAUGGGUGAUUCCGUUAUCAAUCGUCUCCACUGCGCUCUUCAGUGUCAAGAGCUUGACGACCGUCUUCCCGCCUCUGAGGGCAGCCUUCGCCUCCAAUCCGCAAUUGGAGAGCUUCGUCUCCGUCACUCUGCCAUCCCUGCUGGUUUCUCUGGCGACUAUGACAGUGCCCGAAAUCACAUUUCAGAUUUCCAGACGCGGGCAAGGCUUCAUGACGUGGUCUGCGCUUUACGAUCGCUGUCUUUGCCGAUAUUGGAAAUUCCUAGUGUGCAACGUCCUGAUCUUCUUUUGCAUCGGUGUUACAACGGUGGAAGCCAUCAUCCAGCAGAUCAUCUCCGCUCCCGGCUCGAACCAAAUCCUCACCAACGUGGCCUUUGCUUUCCCCACCGCUGCUCCGUUCUUCGUCAGUUACUUCAUUUUGGCGCUUGCUCUGCAUUCCGGAUUCGAGCUGGUAGGCUUCAUGGUUCCCCUCAUCGUCCACUUUACUGGAGCCAACAAGGCCUCGACUCCCCGCUCUCGUGCACUCAAGACUCUGCCAAGGAACUUCAACCGCUACUAUUGGCUGCCCUUCCACACGCUCAUCAUGACGAUUCUCUUCGUCUUUACGAUCCUCAAUCCUCUCGUUAUCCCUUUCGGCCUCGUCUACGUCUUCUUUGCUAUGGUCGUCUUCAAGAGGAGUUUCGCCUUCGUCUACUACAGAAGAUUCAUGGAAAAGGACGGUGUAGUCUACUUCGUCCGCAUCUUGCGGUACUCGUCAGAUGGUCUGAUGAUUGCGCAAGUGGUGGCUUUGAUCUUCUUUUCGGUGACCAACCAGGAGAAGGCUUACAUUGCCCUCACUGCUGUGCUCAUUCCCAUCACCGUUCUGUUCAAGGUUGUGGGUACGCAGCUCUGGAAGAGUCAAUGCAGAGCGAUCGAGGACGACGAAGCAAAUGCAAUUUGUGGGAUCAUGCCUACUUCUUCUCCUCCUCACGCGGCUGAGGAAUACGAACACCCUCCACCUUCAUCGGAGGAUGUUGAGAGCGGGAAGAGAUACAUGCACCAGCAAGGGGCACCUGGAGACGCUCGAGCUUCCGGUCGCUACCCGAUAAACUUCGCGCCACCGCCGACGAACUCGAAAAUCAUGACUACGUGGCAGAAAGUGCAUGAUACCUUUCAUGCCAACGGUGCCGACAAGCCGAGCUACAUCGCUCAGAGAGCAGCUGAAGGCAACCCCGUGCAUCAUCCUGCCCUUGCAGGUGCCAACUUGGUUCUCAGAGCACCUUUUGCAGUGGCGAAGAAGGCCCAAAAUGACGGAAAGCAUAUUGCGACGGUCGCAAAGCUCUCUCUAGGCGUGGACAAGGCGCUCAAGGCUGAAGCUGUGCGAGACAACCAGGAGCACGAGCUCAAGUCGGACCAAAACAGCAAGACUGUAGAAGGUAGGGCCCAGAGUGGCAAACAGGUGAUGCAAGACUGCGAUGUUGUCGAUCGGAAAGCUUCCGUCAAGGCGGGAACUACGACCAUGUCUCGAUCUCGCAGCGGCAAGAGCAUUGCCAAUGAUGAAUCCGCUCCGUUCCUCUCUGGCUUCGAAGCUCUUUCAAAUCAUGCACCUGUCCACUUUGACCGUCAGAUGCUAGAGGGAGAUCGCAACGAGGACGGCGAGGAGUCCAACAUGAGCAUUGUACACCAACACUCGGUCCGGCGACGCAAGACGAUGAAAGCCUCGGCUACCGACUACUCUAGCACCCCUCGCAGGAACCAGCCCUCGGCGUAUGCUGACUCUGCUCCAGCAUAUGGCGAAGACAGGGGCAAUGACCCACUGUCAUACAAUAAUGAGAAGGCUCAGCAUCCGCGACCUUCGACGCCGGAGGAAGCGGACCAAGAGACGCAAGAUGAAGACUGGAACUCCGAGGACGAGGCUCCCCUCGUGCGUCCGCACGCGAAGGUCGCCUGGGAUGACACCCCCGAUAACUCGGCAAGGUACAACAAUCCCUUUUAUGCCUGUGAGAUUCACAACUUCCUUUGGCUGCCUAGGGAUCCACUGCUGCCCUUGAACCUCUGCGACACAGUAGAGUGGCAUGGCGUUGCUCUCGUUUCAUCUGACGGUGGUGACGGAAUCAUUGGAGAGUGGAAAGAGGACGACGAAGACGAGCAGGGGACAUUCGGCGGCCCUGAUGAGGAUGCAGUCACGGACGUCUCGCGUCUGGGUCAGAUCGAAGGCAACGAGGAGAUCAUUCUCAGUUCUCACCUCGCCAAGCAUCUCGAGACGCAUGAAGAGGAGACUGUAGAGGCUGUUUCAGACCCGGCUGCGGGUUUGUCAAGGAAGGCUCGGGAAGACUACGAAAGGGCUUUGAAGGCUCAACGGAAAGCCAGCAUCAGCGAGGCUAGCCAGGACGGUGGUCUCCUAAGUCCAGGAAGGCUCGUACGCCAUUCUUCCAACAUCAGUGCGCGCAGUCAUCGUUCACCUCCGGCGAGUAUUCGUCUGCAGCUCGAUGCUGAAUUCAAUCGCACUCAGCAAGGCUCAGCAAGCGCUGUACAUGAUACUAACUAUAAUGGCGAGCCAGCCCUGGCUCAACAGCAACAAGGCAACCGAACGCACUGGGCUCCCGACCCUGACAACACUCGUGAGCAACCUCACAACCAAGAUCACAUGCCGCCCAGCGCUUCAAUGGCCUCUAUGACCAGCAUCGGUCCUCGUCGCAACCUCACCGUCAGUUCUGACCCGCGUAGGCGCAAUGUCAGCGGCAACGCCAGUGUCUAUUCUGCUGAAACGCAAAGCCGCGCCGUGACAAUGCAAAAAGCACUGCAGGCUGAGGUACUGGAGGAGGAGCGCCGACGGACUAUCAAGGACCUUGUCGGCCGCAAGCAGAGCAAGAAGGGCAGUCUCAGUCGUGUGGGGGGAAGCAGGCGAGGCAGAGGUGCAUCAAAGGAGCCAGAGGACGGCACGUCGCUCCACGGACCUGCAGCUGACGUUGUCCAGGAAGAGGACGAGGGACUGGAGGAAGCUGAACUGACACGGAACAGCACCAUCCUGCGACGUCAUCAACGAGGCGUGGACAGGAGGCUACGAAGCGGCUCGGUGCUGAGCGGAACUUCCGCUGAGCCCCCAAGAUCACCCUCGAUCUUACGGGCAGGCACUCGCAGUCAACACUCGACAUCGCCCAUGCCUGCUCCCGCCCUAGAGGCAGGCAAUGGACUUUUGCCCACUUCCAGUGGUGCAAAUUCCCGACCAGAACCCGAGCGUCGGAGCUCGGCCCGUUCUGCAAUUCGGGGCAGCUUGACUGCAGGUGCUGCUGAGAAUGUGGAGAUGUCAGAUCUUUCCCGGCCCACAUAGAGCCGCUCGGGGUGAGGUGAGGCUAAGUGAAGUGAGAUUAGACUAUUGUUUUUGCGAUAAGUUGUAUGUACACAUGCCUAAAGAGACUCUACUGCGCUCCAUCUGUAAUGCAAAUCAUCCCCGAAGUC